GUUCAUUGCCCCCGGGGCCCCACUUGAGAUCAAUCUGAGUGGCAGCGUGCGGGCGACAACGAUGGGCAAGAUACACUCCUUCCAGACUCAGGCAAAGUUCGUUGGCAAGGCCGAGCAAAACAACCAGUGCACGCUGGACCGCACCAUCUUCGACCAAGCGCAGCGGCAGAUCUACAACCUCACAGAGACGGAUAUAUUCCCCCGCUUCAUUCAGUACGUUCGUCAAUGCCAGGCGAGAACCUCCUCCGCCAACCUACCUGGCGGGUUUCGGUAGGUCAAGAAGUGGAGCGUUCGACGACUCGUCGUCGAUGUAUCCUCCCCGGGUGCGAGAGCGAAGACCUGAAACCCGGUUUCGAUAUGGGAUGAGGGACUCGCCCUCGGAGACACGUUGAAUCUUGUGUGUCAACUUUGGUAGUGCGCGUCUCGAGAUAUUAUUAGCACACAAGGAUACACUGUGCCAAUUUCGAUAAGGUCGACACCAGGCGCGACACCAGGCGCGCGCGGGUGGGGGUGGGUUACAAUUUUUGGUCGGGGGACACGCAGAACAUUGUUGCCGCCCGGGGAUACAAUCACAUUCACUCUGAUGGGGCUCUCCUUUGUCCAAUUCCAAU